UAUCGUUUCUCGAGAAGAAGACGUGAUUUCGUUGUAAAUUUCAAGUCAGGAGCGCCAAAGUGGUAAAGUAUUGCUGUGACAUAUCUGCAUUCUGUUGGGAUGACGAGGAUAUGUGAAUUUCCAAACGGUCUGAAAAGUUCUAGAAGAGGUUUUCAUCACUAACUUUUUCACUAAAUUCACACAAAAAAGAGACAGGCGCUUAUCUUCGCAGAUUGAAAUUUUCAGCGUGGAAGUCUAUAUGAGAGAACUUGGGUGUUACGAUAGGAACGUCCAGCUUAGCUUUGGGCCACAUGGAGAGGAUGAGUGGUGGUGAUAACUGUGAGGCAGUUAAUGUGAGUAUGUCUCCAUCUCAGUUGGUGGACUCAGUUCAGCUCUCAGUCGUAGAUCUUCAGGCAGCUCAGGAGAUGGGUGAAGGCGAUGUGCGGCAGAUAAUUGUACAAGCUGGACAAGGUAUGGAUGACCGGGAUGAAGAUUCAGAACCAUCAGCAAAACGACAGAAAAUUCAGGACGUCAACAACAGUUUUAUGAAGGAAAUGUCUGUGAAGCAAAUUUUGUUCAACAUAAACAAAGCGAUUUGCCUGAGACUAGAUGGCAUAGAACACAAAAUAGAAAAUGCCUGUGCUAGGUUGAGAGAUGUAGAAGACAAACUUGAAACGUUUUUAACCACAGCACGUCAGAAUGGAAGUACAGUCUUUCUGAAUAAUUCACAGAAAAAGGGAACACCUCCUUAUUCUCGUCGGAACAGUGCUGUGAUUGUUGGCCUUCCUCAAGAGCGGUUCUCCACUCCUGCUCCUGGUCAAGAUAAUUCGUUUCAAAACCUGGGUCCGAAUGUGACACUUAUAACCCUUAACACAGAAGAUGAUUAUCCAAAUGGGUGCUGGUUGGGGGAUGAUACAAAUCCAGAGAUGCGAGUAAGGGUUCCAAUCACACAGAGUGACUUACUCCACAUUCACUCGAACUGUCGCACAGCAGAAAAGAUGGCUCUGACUUUACUGGACUACUUGUUCGAUCGAGAAACACAAGCAAAUUCGAAUGUCUCUGGAUUAGGCAAACAUGGGAAAAAACAGCUGGAUCCCCUUAUGAUUUACGGUAUCAGAUGUCACUUGAUACACAGAUUUGCUAUCACAGAAAAUGAUUGGCAUCGCAUAAAACAGAAUAUUGACUCAAAAUGCAGAACAGCUUUUCGCCGUAAGCAGAAGGGAAUGCCAUUGACUGUGAAAGGGUUUCGUGGAAAAGCUGCCACAAUGGUGGACGGAAUGGCCAAUGAUACAUUGAGUGAUGAAGAUUCUUUUCAGGAUGGAGACCUAAGAAUUGCACAUGUGAGUGGUGGUGUGGACCUGCAGCAUGCUGUUACUAUGCAGACACCAGGUUUAUCAGGAGGAGAGAUACAGAUUUUACAUGCCACCCCUGAGCAGAUAUCCCAGCUACAGCAUGCUCAGCACAUCCAGAUAUUGCAAGGAGAUGGGGUAAUACAGCAAAUACAGGGAGGAGAGAGUGGAGGAAACAUGCAUGUGGCAGUAUCCUUGCCUAAUGAGACAAUACAGGUGGCCCAGGUGACAACAGAGACGGGGGAAGUGUUACAGAUACAUCAACAAUCUGGGGAAGGUGUAGAUGAUGAGACACUGGCUCAGUAACACACUACCCACAGCUCCCUGCACACCCCCCACAGCUCCCUGCACACCCCCACAUCCUUCAUCUUUUACAGCUGGGUGAAGAGGUUUCCAAUCAGUUGUCCAUCACCGCAAAUGACUUAGCCAUAAAGCUUAUGACAGGCAUUAGGUGAUUGUGUAAUCGUCUUAUUGUAGGAGUUCAUAGAAACUCUAGUUUCACAAAACAUUGUACUGUAACACAUAACCUGGCACCCAGUGAAAGUCAGUUAACAGAAUAUUCUAAAACUUUAAUAUUCCAACAAACUGAGCAUCAAGGCAAUUACCUUCAUAGAACUUUUAUUGGCUUGCAGCCAAUUUAAAGGCUCUCAGAAAUCCACAUUGUAAACAAGUUCAAACAUGGAAUCCCAUAAGCCAAUCAGAAUUCACUAUGUUUCGUUGGUUCUCCUACCAAACUGUACACUCAACACUGUGUAACCCACGGCAGAUUAGGGUAUUUCAACACUUCAAAAAUCUGAGCUAUACAUGUACCUCUGAAAUGGUCAUUACCCUCUAACCUACCCUUUAUGCUAGGAGUGUUGUUUUUCACACUGUGGCAGCUGAGUGGAACGCUCUUCAUCCUCGUACUCAUACAGUAAUAAAGUGCUACUCUUGAUCUAAAUUUUGAGGUUUGUUACUCUGUAUUAUUUAUUAAGCAGUGAUUUUCUUGUAUGCUGUUGUUGGCUAUUCAAGUUGAGUUACUUAAAAAUUCUGUAGUUUUGUGGAGCAUUGCUUUAUGUAUAUGUCUUUCAAAAUCAAGAGUUUCGUUGGGUCAUAUAAGCUUGUUAAUACUGUCUCUUAAAUGUUAAUGGAUAAUUUAUUGUUAAGUUGUUUUCUUUAUUUGUGAGAAGCAGUUUGAUGGUUGAAGAUUAUGAGUUCUCAAAUACAUGAAAUUGAAGAAAAUUUUGUCAAGUAACUCAGCGUGAAGCACAUGAACAUUGGUUUUUCAACUUAAGUAUUAUAUAAUGAUCCUUUUUGAAUGAAUUAAGUUUGUCCUGUUCUGUCUCAGUGAUAUUUUGCUUCAUAGAUCAUUCUGUGUUAAUUACCUUACUAUUUUGAGAUGCUGUUGUUAAGUAUGGUUUCAGAAUGGAGAUAGGACAGAAAAAGUCUCCAAUCCAAGCUGUAAAGUGAUCUUAACAUCCUUGGGGUUUUAUUGUUACCAUACAUGGUAUGAAUAAUGGGCAAACAUUCAUUUGGAGUAAAACAAUUUGGUUGCUUCAGUUAAACUGGUUUAUGUUACAAUAUUUGGUUCUAAUUUAAUAUUGUGGUGUACAUGGAGUGUAAUGUACACCUUUGGCUGUUAAAUCAAACCCACAUCUGAAUAUUGCAUGUGUGGUUUGGUUUAAUGCUCUUUAUCAAUAUAGCCAAUAACAAUAUAUUCCAAAAAUAGUCUUGUCAACUUCAUGAACAGAAAAUAGUUUUGUUACGCUUCAAAUACAGGACAUUUUCAAGCCUGUUUAUUUGAAUUAUUGGAUUGUGUUUGUACAAAUAUUAAUUUGAACAGUGUUUUGACUAAAUACUGAAAUAUUCUCUAUAGUGUAUUACACAUUUUUGCAUAAUUGUAAGGUUUUACAUUAAAUUCCAAAU